CCCUCUCUCUCUACCGACUUUGAUCAGAUAUUCUAAUAUAUCGGGAAACACACAUUUCCCGAGCGAGAACGUCUCCUUUGAACGGACCGAGCGCGGUGUAAGCGGCUCCAUGGAGGGGUCAAGUUUCGGCAUCGAUCGAAUUCUGACUGGAAAAUCGGAGCCGUCUCCCCGCGAGGACACCGGGCACCCCCCCUGCCCGCCCAGCCCGCCCAGCCCGGGCAGCACGGCCUCUAGCCCGACGUCCGAGCAGGCGAGCCCGAGGCUGUGCUGCGUCGAGCAGGCCUCAAUGGCGGAGAACGCCGCGGCGCUCCGCGGGGUUCAGUGCGGCCUCGCGCAGAAGACGGCGCAGGUCGGAGCCGCCGCUCCCUUCAGCUCGGGCGCUCGCCUCGCCUCGCUGCCGUCGCCUCCCGCGUCCUUGCUCCUCUCGCCCUCCUCCAUGCUCUCUACCGCCACCGCGGCGGCGGCGGCGAACGGGGACUCGAACUGCGACGCGCACGGGACGCGGCUCCUCCUCAAGGCGGCGGCGCCGCCCCCCGCGCACCCGCCCCCGGGGCCCGGAGACGGCAUGAUUGUGACGUCAUCGCCAUCGUCGGCCAUCAUCGCCAUGGGUUCCUCGUCGACGACCUCGACGACAUCGUCGUCGUUAUCGUCGACGCUGCCGUCAACCAACGCAUUCAACUCCUCCUCCUCGUCCUCCUCCUCGUCUUCGUUCCUGAUCCGGGACAUCUUGGGCGAGGCGAAGCCGCUCGCCACGUGUCCGCCCUACGCGACGCACGGGGCCGCCGGGGGUGCGGGCGGCCACGCGCGAGGGGACGCGGGGCCCGCGGGGGCCCUGGCGAGGAACGCGGGGUGCAAGGGGGGCGUCGACACGUGCAGAGGCUCCUCCAAGCUUCUCGAUCACCCGCUCGACCGCGACGUCUCCUCAUCCUCGCUGGCCGCCGUGUCUGGCGUGGCGCGGCUCACCCACCCGGCCGGGGCAGCAGCUGCUGCGGCUGCUGCUGCUGCCGCCGAGCGCGAGCGCGAGAUCUCGAGCACCAGCGGCGCAAGCAGCUCUCGCGAGAGCCCCCGCGAGUCGCGCGCCAAGAAGCCCCGCAAGGCGCGCACGGCGUUCAGCGACCACCAGCUGACGCAGCUGGAGCGCUCCUUCGAGCGCCAGAAGUACCUGAGCGUGCAGGACCGCAUGGAGCUCGCCAGCUCGCUGAGCCUCAGCGACACGCAGGUGAAGACCUGGUACCAGAAUCGCAGGACCAAGUGGAAACGUCAGACGGCCGUGGGCUUGGAGUUCCUGGCCGAGGCCGGGACGUACGGCGCCCUUCAGCGCCUCUUCCCCAACAACCCCGGCGCCGCCACGAACCUCUCGGCGGCCGCGGCCGCGGCGGCCGCCAUCGCGGGCGGCCACGCCUUCCAGCUCUACCCACCGCACCUCUCCGCCAUGGACCCAGCCGCGGCCGCCGCGGCCAUGUACCUGUACCGGGCCGGGCCAUCGCACGCCCAGCAGCAGCACGUGUCGCACGCGCACGCCCAGGCGCAGCACUCGGCGCAUGUGCACCUGGGACACCGGCCCAUGUUCGGCUCGCCCCGUGUCCUCAUCCAUGGCGCGGGCCUGGGCCACCUGCCCGGGCACCCUCACUAGCGGGACGGUACAGGCCCGCUCAGUGCCACUGUACGGCGAUGGCUGUUUAAAACACAGAACACGGUAACACUGCGACACGGUGCGGUCGACGGUGCACCGCGUGGAUUCGCGUGGAGCGCCGUGCGUUACUGCGGAGGAAUUGGCGAAUGGGAGGACUGGGAGGAGGGCGAUGGAGCACGGAGGCAGACACGAGAAGGGCACGGCUACGGUGCAAUGAGAAUAGCACGGACGACAUUGGUUGGAGAGGCGGUACAAUCGUAGGUGCAGAAGAGGAAGUUCUCGAGCCAGGACUUGAAUCGUGGAGGGUGUAGUUCGAAUUACGAUCAAAAGGGGACUUCCAGAGAAAGGGGGCAGCAGAAGCGAAGGAGCAACCAUCAUCCACUGAGCAGAUGUUGACUGGUAGGGUCUAGAGACGAGGCCUUAAUUGCUGGACGACAGUGGCACUGGAAGGACAGAGCGAAAUGAGAGAGGGGAAGAGAUGAAGGCAGGGGGCAAGCCCAUGCAUGAAAAGGCGACUAAUUCUCAUUGUCGAGUGCCAACACCCAGGAGAUGUGUUCGGCAGCAACGUGGGACUUCGUGACUGGGACACGUCACCCGUGAAUGUCAUGGAGAGGGAAUGGGCUUGGUAUUUAUGGUUAUAAGGCGCAAAAUGGGCAAGGAGUGUGAGAACUCAAGGUUGCAAGGAGGAGGAGGACAGAUCGGUGAGGCAGAGGUGCGUCGAUAGUAGUAGCUGGUACAUUGGCCCUAAAAGUUACAACGCGGCUGGGCGGCACUGCGGUAACAGCACUCGGCUCACAACCUGAAGAUCACGAGUGUAAAUAUCAGCCGAGUGUCGACUCAACCCGUCAUCAUCCCUCUGUGGUCGAUAAAAACGUACUAUGCUGCAGGAAGUCAACAGUGAUCGUCCUAUGGAGAGAAAUCAGAAUUUUCUGGAGGAGCUAGUGGUGGGAAUAUACGUGAUAGUUACUGAUGAUGAUGUGUAUACUGGCCUAAGGGGCUAUUGUUAACUUGUCAGCUGAGCCGCGCUCCACCUGGCGUGGUGUCAACGAGGUCUCAUUUCGCUCAAGGAAGGCUUGGCCCGUUUGAAAAAUGAACUAUAGCGCCAGCUCUACUCUAUAUUCAUACACAUAAGCAUGGCACUGCGUUCUGCGAGACUAAAAUUGGAAUUGGCCAAGCAUCUCAAUGCAAGCUCUUCCUGAUAAAAGUCUUGAGAUUUGGUGAGACUUCCCUGGACAUUGGGCGACAUUAAUUUCUCAAGUGUAUUGAAGCUGUAAAUUGGACGUGUAACCCUUGAAAAAAUAUAUAUGUUUAAAAGAUUUAUAGUGUAACCUAGUUGAUCUAGAAAAAUAUAGAGUUUGGUGUGUGUGUGGUCCUGUGUGUGAUGGUAAUGACGUAGCCUCUAGCAUAACCAACCCUACGUUGUCUGUUUGGGCUCUGUGUCGAUGUGUAGCCUAUUUAUGUGACUCACGCGUUUCAAAUCUAGCUAGCGAGUCUAGCCUAGUCCAGGCCAUUACCCCCACAGCUCAUUAGCCCAGAUGUAAUGUAGCUGAAUAUAUCAUAGCUGAUUUAAAGGAAGACCCAACCCAAAUGUCUAUUGUAUUAUUCUAUAGUAACCAUGUCUACUCGUGGUAAUAAGGUGGUUGAAAUCUGCUUUGUAAAUAACCCCCCCAAAAAAUCAUCAAAUCCGGACACAUCUCCGUGUGCCAUGAGUAUGGGUUUCAAAUUCCCCUCCUUGAGCUGGGCUCGGCAGACGAACGUGGAGCAUGCAGCGAGCAUCCUGACGUAGGCGACGAGGGGCUCGAUUGCGGCUGUGACGUCACUAGAGGGCGUUAGACACGUGAAAGGCACGUGGCUGUGAAUUUUUUUGUUUUGUAUUCGCAUUAAGAACGUUAAACCGCGAGGCAGCCAAGGCUGCAAAGCCUAGAUGUGCAGGCCUGUCUGUAAAACAACAGCUGGCAGUUUAAUGGGUCGCGUCUUCCUUUAAGUUGGCAAUUGUAUUGCAAAGGGAAUGUACAGCAUUGACGAAGGACACACAAAUGUGUACAUAGAUUCAUAAUGGUAACCAAGAUACGUUCAUCAAAGAUGGCGCCGUAACAUGGUGCCGAUCAGUACGGGUACGUAUGUAUGUAUGUUGAACUUCUUUCGCGCCGUACGUAGCCAACCGUGCUACAUAUAUGCUUGGGUACAUAUAUGCUUAGGGUCUACACACCAAACCGUCAACUUAUGUUUGAACAGUUUAAUUUAAAAUGAGUGUAUUUCGUAAGCAGGGGGUAGUGUUUGUAGAUUGUUUCACAUUAUGCGGGACUCGAGAUGUGAUGGUCGUUAUUAAAUGUCUUAAGUUAUUUGGGAUUUGCUGUAGAUUUCGAUUUGAAUUUGCAUAAAGCAACGAGCAGGCUCAUACAAGCCGCAACGUCGGUAACGUUUGGUGCAGGUCACGAUGGUGUUUAUUCGGUCAACAAGUUAACAUCAGGACACAGGCUUACAAGAGGUUGUGCUCCACCCGCUCCAACAGAAACAACGUACGGACAACCGCGGACUUCUUGGCCACUCUUGGCCUCUGCAGCACGCGCUGCCCUGCAACUGAAGGCACCGCUCUGUAUCGGUACGGGGCCAUCCCCUUGGAACUUUGCUGGAUGGUGACUGAUGCGGGACAUUUGUGACCUCAACUGCAGCACCAAUACAAGCUCAGAAACCCCACUCCACGUCAGUCAGAGAUAACCACACACGCGCACACAAAAUGUUGCGUAAAGCCCUGGUGAUCACUCCGAAUGGUGACGCAGCAGUGACUGAGCGGAUUAGCACCGCCACUCUCGCCUGGUGCAACUCGAACUGUGAAUUCCCGACGUGAUCUAACUACGAACCAUGAAACCAAUGGGUCUUUUGGAAGCUUGGCACUUGGGUUCAAGUCCCCUCAAUCCACCCCACAGAACAUUUGAUUUGACUCAGAAAUGAGCAGGUGCGUGAUUCGACUCUGGACCGGACUUACGUGUGGUGCAUAGACUCUUCACAAUCAAUUCACUCCCGUCCAUACCACAGGUCAAUGCGUAGACUCCACACGCACUGAGAAAGAGAGUGGGCAGAGAAGCCAAAACAUUGAUGGCGGUGGUGAGCAGGAGACCACGAAGAGACUGAAUGUCAACUCACAGGUAUUAAUGUAUAAUUGAUGCAUUCAAUGCAGUCGGUUAUUAUACUCACGAUACGCACACCAGAUCGUGGGUGUAAGAAUUGACUAUUUUCGAUUCGGUGAAAACUAUAUAGGGAAAAGAAUCCUUCAGGCUAACGGUUGGAACGAAUGAGUGGGCGAACGAGCGGGAAUAGAGACGAUACAGACAAGACGGUACAAACGAUGAAACAAGACGACACAAACGCAACAGUACAUACGAGACAGUCUUAAACGAGACGGGCAAUGCAUUUGAAAUGCAGUCCACACGAGUAGUCCUGGUAAGGCAGCUGGAUUGUUUCCGUUCAACACCAACAACAUGAACACUCGCAGGGCAGGGCAGGCACAGCGAGGAUUCGUGCAGGGCACGGACACUAUGGGUGACUUUAGCCUUUUCUUCCCAUAGCCCCGAGCCCUUGUCCCUCACCUAUAAACUCUUUUUUUUAUUUUACCAGGUAAGGCCCACUGAGCUAUAUUGCUAUUUUUUCAGAAGCGACUUGGCCACAAAUGAUAGCUCAAUGAAGUGGCCGAUCACCUGUAAAUGUAUAGCCGCCAAAACACUCUAAACGCGUGAUGUUGAUUCUAAAUUUGGAGCGAAAAACCGGAGGACCCGCAGAAAAAUCCACGGGGAGAACACGCAAACUCCAAAUAUACAGCAGCAGGCGUCAGGGUCGGGAUCGAACCCACGACCUCCUGUAUACUAGGCAAGGUAGUUGACAUCUCCGAGCCACCGUGAUGAUGAUGAGAGAGAGAGAGACACGCAAACUCCAAAUAUACAGCAGCAGGCGUCAGGGUCGGGAUCGAACCCACGACCUCCUGUAGACCAGGCGAGGUAGUUAACAUAUCCUAGCCACCGUGAUGAUGAUGAUGAGAGAGAGAGGCACGCAAACUCCAAAUAUACAACAGGUGGUCAGGGUCGGGAUCGAACCCACGAGCUGCUGCAUCCUGUACGAGGUAGUGGACCUAUCGUCACCAGUUCACUGCUCUUUCCCGCCAUUCUGUAUCUUUUGGGGAUUCUCCCCCAAUCUCCUUGUUCGCACCUUUCUUUCCCAGCGCCUUCAUUUAAUUAUUUAUCUUGGCGUGGUCCCUUGCAUGACCCCGACAUUCAACCCUGGCCGUGUCCCCCACACGACAUCCAAACACAUAACGAGAACAUAAUUAUCGAUUCGAUCAUUGAAACGUGGCAUCGAAUCGCAAGGGGGUGGAUUGGAGAGGGGCGGGUGGGGUGGAUGUGCAUCGAUUCUCGCUUAAGUCAUAGUCGCAUUUCAGUCGCUAUGAAGACCAAACCGUGAAGAGACAACUCCAGCUGAACGAUGGGCAGUGCGAGAGAUUGACUCAUGGUUGUGUGAGCCCCGGUACACCAGGUAUCUCGAUGUUAAAAACCUCCUGAUUCUCAUGCCCGUGAUACGCGUGAGAGUUGUUUACUGCCGCCGUGUCUGAAUGUGUCAAACUAACGACUGGUGUUUAUCAGUUUUUUAUGUUGGGGCUGUGGUCAUGUUCAAAGAUGUACUCGGCCCAUGAGUCCGUUAAUGCCAUUAAAACGAGUACCUUUUUGCGGGAAGCCCAACCGUUGGUUGUCCUCUGAAUGAAACAGCCCCCGCCACGAGAAUGUGAAAUGUGGAUCUCCCACCUUCCUCCUCCAAUGGUUGUAUGGUGGCACUCAUCCCCUUUUGCGCCUCAAAGCAGCGGUGGAAAUUCUACAUUCCUACGGCAAGAGCCAGAAUGUCCUCGGAAUUUCCACAAAGCGAUACACUACUGACCACCGCCUCUCUUUUGAAUCCUGGAUGAAUGAAUCAAUGGCAUAUGCGUGGUCCCCUGGGUUUGUUAGAGAGCUCGUGAUUUCAGUUCCUGCUCUCUCUCUGUAUUGCUGACGACGUGGCUCUGUAUUGCUGAUGAUGAGUCUCUGCGUCACGAACUCUUCAUCGCAGCCGCACGUGGGGGCCCCAUGAGUGAGACGC